AUGGGCUUCUCAGAUCCGGCAGCGAACUGCAAACCUGGUCAUUUCAUGCGAUGGAGCUUGCCUGGGAAUCUGGCGGAUGUCCUGAGUCUCCUUCUCUGGCAGCCCGGGAGCUUCUCUGCAGGGGCAGAGGGUCGGCUGCCAAUUUUCUGUGAAGACCUUGGGCAUGAGCCCGGAGAGCACAGACUGGGCCCAAAAACCCUGCAAACACGAAAGCCACAAUAUUACAAGUGCAGCAGGAGUGCAACUGCAAAUCGGACCUUCGUAGGAGUUUGUGCCCAUGCAGCCCUUGGGCACGCUUCUUUGGCCGAACUCUAUCGGUAG